AUGCGAGGUGAGUCCGUGCUUGCCAUGCCUGUCACACCCCGGAAUGCUAUUGCCCGGCCGUGCAUCGGGAGGCGCACAGCAGAUUUGCGGGGGAAGGCCAAUUGCGCAUGGAUCGCCUGAUCCCACAGGCUCUGUGCACGCCCCUCGACUGGAUGGCACACUCUGCUACAAACACGAUAGUUAUUGGGAGCGAGUAACUACCCACUGAAUGACUUACCGCUUCUGAAUCGGCAGAAAUCAUUUCUAUUUCGGUCGGCCAAGCGGGUGUUCAGAUCGGCAACUCAUGGUGAGUACGAAGGCGUCACCGCGCUCGACCAGAUAUGCACAGAUGCUGAGGUAGCCGCAUUUGGUAUGAUCUUUGGUAGCUGGGAGCUUUACGCCCUCGAGCACGGUCUCAGUCCCGACGGCCGUAUUGCCGACGAAGAAAAGGUGAACCCCAACGAGCAAGGCGGGUUUUCGACUUUCUUCUCCGAGACGGGCUCGGGUAAGUAUGUGCCCAGGUCGAUUUACGUCGACCUCGAACCCAGCGUGGUUGAUGAGGUCAAGACGGGGAAGUACAAGUCGUUGUUUCAUCGUGAGUCGCUCAACAGUGGAAGAAGAGGGUCACUUGCCGGAUCUGAGCUCACUCGUCUCUGUCCUCCACCUCGGUUGUCUCUAGCCGAAACCCUGAUCACCGGCAAGGAGGAUGCGGCCAACAACUAUGCCCGUGGACAUUACACCGUGAGUUGUCCUUACAUUAAAGCGUCUUGACUUGGCAUUUAUGUAAUCCAUUUUUUCAUUGAAUGAAAUCAGGCCGGCAAAGAAGUGAUCGACGUCACCUGCGAUCGUAUCCGCCGCCUCGCCGAUGCCUGCUCAGGCUUGCAAGGCUUUUUCGUCUUCCACUCGUGAGCAGGACCACACUCCUUAAUAAGCGGCGAAUAUGUGAUUUACUCUCGUCUGAACCCGCUUGGUAGCUUCGGAGGUGGAACGGGAUCGGGUUUUGGUGCUCUCCUCCUGGAGCGGUUGGCGACCGAUUACGGCAAGAAGGCCAAGCUCGAGUUCGCCUGCUACCCUGCUCCUAAUCUGAGUAGCUCGGUCGUUGAGCCCUACAACGCCAUUCUGACGACUCAUACGACACUUGAACAUGUCGAUUGUUCCUUCUUAGUCGACAAUGAGGCGAUUUAUGACAUUUGUCGCCAGCGACUCGGGGUGCAGUCCCCCGGGUUCGUCAACCUUAACCGCAUCGUCGCUCAGGUCGUCUCUUCGAUCACCGCCUCGUUGCGUUUCAGCGGAUCCUUAAAUGUGGAUCUCAACGAGUUCCAGACCAACCUGGUCCCCUUUAAGCGUGUUCACUACCCUGUGGCGGCCUAUACUCCGCUCACUGCGGCUUCGAAGGCAUCGCAUGAAGCAAACACGGUCGCCGAGUUGACCAACGCUUGCUUCGAGCCUAGUAAUCAGAUGGUCAAGUGCGACCCUAGGACGGGCAAGUACAUGGCCUGCGCGCUGUUGUACCGUGGAGAUGUCGUGCCCAAGGACGUCAACGCCGCUGUGGCGUCAAUCAAGACCAAAGUGAGUCGUCACACCUCUAGAGCAAGCCGAAUGUGGACGCUAGCUUACUGAUGUCCGCCAACUGUGUCUUCCGUAGCGCACGAUCCAAUUCGUCGAUUGGUGCCCUACCGGCUUCAAGCUCGGUAUCUGCAACGAGCCCGCCCAGUGCGUGCCCGACAGCGAUCUUGCCAAGGUCUCGCGCUCGCUCUGUAUGCUGUCCAACACGACGGCCAUCGUGAGUGGACCUCUUGGCCCUGCGCGUGUCCCCUCUCCCAGCUGACUCCUGACCCCUUGAUGUCGUAAACGCUUGCAGGCGAGUGCCUGGGCUCGACUGUAAGCAUUGCUGUGAAAUCCUUUCAAGUAGUUCGUACCGUAGGAUUGCUACUAAUCCCAUUUCAUCUUUGACCCGCAACAGUGACCGCAAGUUCGAUCUUCUCUACUCCAAGGUAGGGCGUGUCCUGGUAAGCUCCCUCUUCGACCGCGCCAGCUGAUUUGAUUCGUUGUGUGGUCUUGUUCCCCUUCCCAUCUCAAUAGCGCGCCUUCGUGCACUGGUACGUCGGAGAAGGCAUGGAGGAAGGCGAAUUCUCCGAGGCUCGUGAAGAUUUGGCUGCUCUCGAGAAGGAUUAUGUACGUUGCCAGUGGUCUUCUCUCACUAACGCCAUCUCUCUUCUGAGAGAGGAUUCGCUGACAUAAUCUGAUGUCAAACAGGAGGAGCUCGGCCAAGACGCCGAUGGCGAAGAGGAGGGCGACGUCGAGUACUAA